AGUCGAAAAAAACGGAGGAGAUAAAUGGAUAAACCCAAAAACUGAAAAAUCUUCAGAAAACAAAAAACCCUUCAAAAUCAACCUCAAGAAAAGAUGAGUUGAGACUUGAGAGAGCUCGAUUCUUCUUCUUCUUCCAGAUAAUUGAAAAACCCUUCAUACAGUAUCUCUCGGUAAAGCAAAAAGUUAAGAAAAGGUAGAGCGUGUAAUGGCGUCAAUAUCAACCACCUCCUGGCUCUAUCGAGAUAAACUAUACACAGAGAGUGGAAAGCUCGGUACUUGUAUACUACAGCGGGUGAAAUGCGGAUUUCCAAUAAAGAGAUUGCAUGCUAGGGUUACUUCUAAGGAUGUGUUACUGCGACAUUGUGUGAAAUGCAAGAAGGAGAAUGAUGCAAGUGAAGGGUCUUCUAAAAAGGAUGGACAAGGAUAUGAGUAUGUAUCUGUUGAGAGGGCACCUUACCACAGUUACAUGGAUUCAACAUCUGGAAAAAUGGAGCCAGCGUCCGGGGCUCGUGCCAGCAUUCCAGGCGAGGACUAUUGGCCUGAAGGGACUUCGAGCCAGGUUAGAGCCGCUAGGGCUCCUCAGCCAGCUGGCGAGUCUUCGAGUUUUCCUUCGUAUGGGAAGAAUCCUGGGAGUAGGAGAAAGAGAAAUAGGAAAGCUGUUGAGGGGAAUGUGAGUGUUGAAACUUAUGAUGAAGUGUCUGACUCUGAGGAUAGCUCUGAGGAAGAGGAGAACGAUUUGUCAAACGGGUUUGUUGUGUAUGACAAUGAGGUUGAAGAGGAAGAGAGUGGUUUUGAGUUGGACAAGAAGCUUGGCCGGCCGCAUCCUUUUAUUGAUCCAACUAAGAAGAAACAGAUUGAGACGACGCUCACUAGCGAUGAGAGUUGGUGGAACUGGAGGAAGCCUGAGAAAGAACAGUGGUCAAGGUGGCAAAGAAGACGUCCUGAUGUUGAAACGGUUUUUCUCAAGGCCAUGGCGGAGACAGGACAAGUGAAGCUCUACGGGAAAGAACCAACACUCACUGAAACUUCUCUUUACAGAGCGAGAAGGCAUCUUUUCAAGGAAGAGAGGCUGCAAGCCGAGCGAGAGAGGCUAGCGAAAGAAGGUCCAAUGGCGUUUUAUUCCGAAUGGGUGAAAGCGUGGAAGAGAGACACGUCGAGAGAAGCUGUGCAGAAGCAUUUUGAAGAGACUGGUGAAGAUGAAAACACGCAGCUGAUUGAGAUGUUCUCUCGUCAGACGGAUAGAGAGUAUAGGAUAAUGAUGGGGACUGAUAUUAGGAUCAAGAGAGAUCCUUUGGCUAUGCGGAUGAGAGAGGAUCAGAUUAAGCAAAUAUGGGGUGGCGAUCCGGUUUAUCCGACGAUCAACUACAUUCAAGCUCCAGAUGCGGUUAUGGAUUUCAGGGGACCUGAUUUUCAUGAGCCAACACCAAACAUGCUCUCUCACCUGAAGGAGAAUGGCAAAGUCAUCUCGAGAGAGGUGCACGAAACACUACUGGCGAAAGAUAAAACCGAGCAGGUGGAGGUGCCUGACAUUGAUGAUGCAAUGGCACAAGCUGUUGAUAUUGGUGAAAACGACGACGAGGAAGAGGAUACAGAAGAAGCAGAAAAAGACGAGAAAGUUCCAAGGAAUUGGAGUGUCUUGAAGAGUACUCCUGAGCUUCGCAACUCCAAGCCUAAACCGAAGAAGGAAAGUCGUAUGGCUCUUGACGAAGCCGUGGAUGAUUCUGAGAACUUGACCGAUUUUCUCAUGGACUUUGAUGAGGAGACUGAUCCUUAACCGAAUCUUGUGUUUCUUUUACAGUCAGGACUUCAGUGUAAAGACUUUUUACUACUAAACUUUUUUUGAUGGAAUCACUGUAUUGAGUUUACUGCUGCUACUAGUGGGGACGGUUUGUUUCA